AUGCGGCUUACGCGGCUCGUCAUCCUGCUGGCAAUUGCCCUUCUAGCUGUUCUCACCAUCCUGCUUCUCAAGGAAAAUUCCAGCGCUCCGUUAAUUGACAUCGCCACCAACCCAUUCGAGCACAGUCUUCCAGCAGACUUCAAGAGCUUGUUAAGUCCGACGAGUGAACAGUCCCAUCCGAUCGCGAAACUCAUCAACGAUGCGAACGACCAGUUCGAAAAGUUACGGGCCCGACAGUCGACGACCCUGGCCGAGGCCGUGAAGGAGUAUCGCCGCCGCUAUGGGAUGCCACCGCCGCCAAACUUUGACAAAUGGUUUGAGUUCGCGCAGUCGAGAGGUGUUCAGCUCAUCGACGAAUACGACACGAUUUAUGAUUCCCUGUUGCCUUUCUGGGCCCUGCCCCCCAAGGUUAUCCGUGAACGCGCUCGAGAGACGCUGGGAUUCGACAAUGCUGUGAUUGGGCUUUUGAUCAGGGACGGCAAGGUCACCAAGGUGGAAGGCGGGGGAGAUGGGUAUAAAUGGCAGCGAGAAGCAACUGUCGGCAUGAUGAAGGAUUUCGUCCAAUACUUGCCCGACAUGGACCUUGUCUUCAACACCCAUGACGAACCUCGCGUGAUAGUUCCCCAUGAAGAUCUACAGCGAAUGGUGUCUUAUGCAAAGGAGGUUGCGAUUCCGGCCGCCUCAAGCAAUCCAUCGCCGCGCAAUGCGUGGUCGCCGAGACCAUCGGAUGUGAACAAAGGCGAUCGGAUUGAGGAGGUACGCACUACUCGCUUCAACAGAUUUGCCCAUCAGCCUACUUGGACGCACUCCCGUAUCUCCUGCCCCGUGGAUAGCCCUGCCCGAUCUCUCGAUGAGGACCCCGCAGACAAUACCACUGCGUACUCAUAUGGUGAACUUGGCUUCAUAUACAACACCACGGCCUUUUCUGACAUUUGCUUGACACCUUCUCUGAGGAACACCUUUGGAUUCUUUGACCGACCGAAUGCAUUCGAUAUCGUUCAUGAUCUGUUCCCUGUAUUCUCACAGAGCAAGAUAUCCAGUUUCCAGGACAUUCUAUAUCCAAGCCCGUGGUACUGGAUUGGGAAAGUUCCGUAUGACGCGAGAAAAGACUAUAGCUGGGAUCAGAAAGCGGAUAAGAUGUACUGGAGAGGGUCGACAACUGGAGGCUUUUCGCGCGCGGGCGGUUGGCGCCGGCAGCAUCGACAGCUAUUAGUGAAGAAAAUCAACGCUCCAGACGAGGCAAAGAUUCUCACCAAAGAUGAGAAAGGGAAAUGGAUCACCAAGGGAGUUCCCCGCAAAGACUUCACUAAUUUAUUCGAUGUCAAGUUUACGUUUAUUGGCCAGUGUGACCCGGACGACUGCGAGGCACAGAAGCAAUUCUUCCAGGUUGUUAAACCAGCGGGCCAGCAGGAUGCUUGGGCUUAUAAGUAUCUCCUCGACAUCGAUGGGAACGCCUUCAGUGGUCGCUACUAUGCCUUCCUACUUAGCAAUAGCUUGGUCUACAAGAUCGCUAUUUUCCGUGAAUGGCACGAUGAGUGGCUCCGGCCAUGGGUCCACUACGUCCCCUUGAGCUUGAAGGGUGACGACUAUGUGGAAAGUGUACGCUACUUUAUUUCCGAAGACGAAGGGAAGAUCCAGGGUCCGCGUUUGGCCAAACAAGGCAAGGAAUGGGCACAGAAAGUGCUUCGUAAUGAGGAUCUGGAGGCAUGGUUUUUUAGACUGCUGUUAGAAUAUGGGCGGUUGAUUGAUGAUAAUCGAGAGAAGUUGGGCUUUUCUCUAUGA